GUCUCGGUUUGCCAGAUUAUAACCGUAAACGGAGUUUUGCGGGCUUUUGUUUCAUCGACGGUUACAGUCUGUGGGCUAUGUGAUUGUGAAUAUCGGCGUAGAAAUGGAAAACUGCUAAUAUUUCUUAUAUAGAUAUUUUGUAUAGUCUAGUUCUAUUGAUAUUUGAAUCUAGUUGAUGUUUAAUGUUGGUAUAUUCAUGCGAUGUGCUGUAAAUCCCGAGGGGUCCUAUCUCGCUUGGGCCUUUUGUGGGGUCUUUUCUCUUUGGCAGCUUUACUCAUUGCCUUCAUCAGCGGUUCUUGGCUUUACACGAAAGAGCCAGUCCUUUUGCCAAAUUCGUUGAUAUCUACAAGCGUUUCAUUUAAGAUCGGUUUGUGGAGAACAUGUCCAAGCGUUAAGAAAAUUAAUGCUACAAUACACGUUCCUUCCCCUACUUGCGUGCUGGUGAAGUAUUCCGGUUGGGAAGACCUGGGGGAUCUCGGUAUAUGGACCAAUUUAGACCUUGCUCCUGUAUUUGUAUCGCGCAUGAGGUACUGUACGGUACUAUGCGCCAUGGCAGUUAUUCUUCAUAUUUUGGGAGUUCUUUGCACGAUUAUUGGUCACUGUAAUAGUGACAAUAAGACCGUUUUAGGAUGCGGCUUUCUUAUUUUGGCUGGUCUAUCCCUAGGCACCGGUUUGGUCAUCUUUGUUUCGUCUCUCUCAGAGACUCUGUUGGAAAUAUCGCAAUACCACAAAGAACCGCCAUCAGGCCCCGUCUACGACUACCGCUAUGGAUGGUGCUUUUUCACCGCAGGGCUCGCCUUCAUUAUGACCAACAUGGCGGCCCUAUUCUCCAUAUCUGGCUAUCUUAAUAGGUUCUCCACAGUUGACGAAAUGGUAAGACAAAUGGUACCCGGAGCAGAACGUAAACUUUUAGAGCAUCACCAUAUGUCCAACGAAUAUUUGGUACACCAUACAAUUCCUUCAUCUCUACAAUACGACCCUUUUCCAUCGGAUCAUUCAAAAUAUAAAGUUGAAAGUGUAUCGAUGAUGAACAAAACCCCACCUGACGUAUGUACGACUAAUAAAUGUCCUGAAUAUGGAAUGGACAAUUCCGAACAAACCUGUAUUGUUCCAAACGUAGAUGGACCAAAUCUGAGCGUAGCACAAACUCUAGCGGGACAAACCAUUCCUAUAACAAUAAAAAGUCACACUUCUACUGCUCCUUUAUCGUUAUCAAGUCUACCGAUGAAAUACGGUACUAUGCACUAUGACCAUUCAGCUAAUAGCGCCCUAAAUCAAGGAUUCUUGGGGGUGUCUGAUUUGGGAAGCUCAAGUUCAACUAGUUCCAGCGGCUACUGUGGAAGGAGCAAAACCUUGCAGCAUUCGAAAAAUAAGAGAAAAUGCUCGAAGAUAGAGACGUUUCAUGUUCCUGAUACCACAUUUACAGAUUUUGGUAAACGAACUAAUGUUGAUUUCAGUUUUUCGGGAAGUGCAGUGUGACUCGUCUGGUGUUAUGUAUCGUGAAUAUAUCAACUAUUACUCAGUUUUAAUCAUUUAUUUGAUAUCUUCAUAUAAAUUAUUAGGAAAUAUUAUAGACAAGUCGGUAUAUUAAUAAUUUUUAUAUAAAACUGAGUUCCAGUACUCAUGAGACCGUUUAAGAAAUUUUAACAUCAUUCUGGUUUACUCACUUUGUUCUUGUUUCUCAAUUCUAAACAAACCUACUCGGACAUAUUUAUAGUUUUGUUGAUGUUUUAUUCAACAGAAAACCAUAUUUUCGUCUUUCUGAAUAGAGUUUCUAAAAACGUGGGACUAAUACUGAAAGAAAUAUAAGACCAGAAUUUAAAUUUUGGAAUAAUAAAAUUUGGAAUAUGAUCUGUUGCACUAUAUUUUUGAAUUAUUCACAACGUUUUAAAAUCUUUUUCUUAUUCAAUACAGCCCGGAUUCUCAGCAUUCGCUCACAUAUACAUAAAGGUAAACUGAAUCUUUCCGAUCCACAAAAUCAGAUAAAUAUUUGAUGUGGCAACAAAUACAGGAUGUUAUCAAAAAUAGCUAUAAAUACAUGAUGAAGUCAAUAGACAAAUUGUGUUAAGAAUUUUAUAUAAUCGUAGCGUUAAUAUUAUAUGAUGACAAAAAAUUAGUAAUAUAUACAUAAUAUACAUGACAAUGAAAAAGAUCAUUCAUUUUUCGAAAUAAUGACUAGACAAUUGUAUAUCAGCUAGUAUCAGUAAAAGCACACAAGGAUAUGUGAAAGGAUUUCUUUGGUUUUCGAAAUUCAAUGUAGUAAACAUAAAGUAAUUGGACAGCUAAUGAUAUAUCAGAAAAUUCGUCAAAUUUUAUGGUACUUCUGAUACUGUAGAUUUACUGUUAAUUGGCUUUUUGAGUACGGGUCCUGAUACAAAGAUGCAAAGACGUUAAUUCGUUAAUUGCAAUGUGUAUGUAUGUUUAAUCGACCGAAUGGAGCAUGGAAAACUAGAUAUAAUACUAAUGACCUGAGAAUAAUUGGAAACUUCUACUGGUACCACACCGCAAAUCUUAGUAUCGAAGGAGUAAACACAGAAAAAGUGAAAAUAACGAGAAGAGGAUGCAUAUUAUCUCUAUUCCCCUUUAACUUGAACUCAAAGCGGAUAUUCCGCGAAGUCAUUUAUGAUAUAAAAAAGGUAUACAGCUAAAUGGAUACAGGCCAAACAACAUCAGAUAUGCAGAACAUACCAUUGUAUACAAAGCCUGAUGAAUAGUCUCACCAGUCAUAGUCAGCAAUACGACCUGAAUAUCAAUGUCAAAAAGUCAAAAUUCAUGAUCAUAAGUAAGAUCACACGAAGCUAUCCAGUAGAUAGAGUCAAACAAUAUAAAUACCUUGUUACUAUUAUAAAUGAGGAUUGGACCAACAAGCAGAAAAUACUAAAUGCAGUUCGCUGGUAUUUAUUUGCAGUUGUUUAUGAAUAUUACUGCGAAGUAUUAAAAAUUUUCUCUUGGAUGAAUAAUAGAAAAUGUAUCUCAUUGGAAUCAUUACACUUCCACGCCAACAACGAGGUUUUAAUGUGUACUUGUUGGUUAAGUAAAAACAGCUGUGAAAUUCUUUCAAUUCUUUCAGUUUUGCGGCAGAUUAUAAAAAUUUCCAUUUAAUUCUGCUACAGGAUUUUUGAUAAUCGUCUUUUAGAAGAAUUAAGCUGCUGCUCAAAUUGGAAUCUUCAAUGAAAACGUUCCUGAAAAGUUGCUAUGGAGGAAAAUUUUAUUUUCAACUUUCUCUCAUAAAGUAUUUAUUCCUGAUAAUUUUUAAUAUGAAUUUAGAAAAUUAUUAUGAAUGUGAGCCUCAUUAACGGCAUUUCCACAAUAAAUUUUAUCACUUUCUAAAAUGAAACAAGUAAAUUUUAAAACUGUUAACCAAUCAAUCAAGAAAUACGCUCCAUAAUAUUCUGUUAAAGAAAUGGUCAAGGCUAGUUAACAAUCUUUUGAACGAAGUCCGUCGAACAAAAGUACGUGCCAAUAUAUGAAAAUUAUUUUAAGGCGUAAAAAGUACCCCUUAUUGUCAAAAUUUAAUAAAAUGAAAGUUAAAACGUUUAUAAAUUUAUAAAAACAUUUGUAGGAUUGAAAUAAAGCUCGCACGAUAUUUUAGGAUACUAUCUAUGUUUUUCAACUCUUGAUCAAUGUAUUUCAACCCUUAAAAACUAACCUCUCUUAUGAUAAAAUAAAAAAACAAACACAAACAAACAAUUAUAGUUCUUCAUCUUACUUAAUACUUUUCACCCUUAAAAAACUGUUCAGACAAUUUUUACCAGACCAUCCAUUCCAGGUUGAGUUACAAAAAAGUCCAAUUUUCCGGCAGCCUCAUCGCACCCUUUUUUGUUACUGCAAAAUAUCAUUUGCUAGAGUUCCUUUUGCAUCUGAAAGGGUUGCAAUGGACCUUCAACUUUUGUCCACCCCCCAAUCAUUGAGAUUUAUAUUUUUUUUAACAGCAGUAUUUUCUGUCGUUGCCUCAUUAAAGGACUCAUAUCUCAUUUGAUCCAGAAAUACUUGCAGAUCUUUAAUGUUUGCAGCACCAUGUAACAUCAUUGAACAGUACCUACCAGCUUCUAAAAUUUCUUUAGUAUUUCUGUUAAAUGUGUCUUAAAUCUGGCCUUUUCCCAUUAAUUCAAAUAACUUUGUUUUAUUUUUAUUAUAGAUGAAAACGAUGCCACCUACAGGAUUUCAAAAUUACAACUACCAAAAUUAUUUCUCAGUAUUUUUUAUACAAUAAUAAACAUCAUUAAUGAAGAUAUCAAAUGAAUAAAGUAUUCAUUAUCAAUAAUUACGCCGUUAUCCCAUACUUCAUACUAUUUAAGGGGUUGUAUUUUUGAACUGAGCGGUUUUGAUGCUGAUUUUAUAAAUAAAAAAUUUGUUGAAGCUAAGAAAUUUUAAAUUUUUGUUGGAUCCGUACAUACAUAGUUAAUAGAUAGUAGUUGAAGCAUCAAGAUUUUCUCCGAUCCAAAAUUCUUCACUCAUAUCGUAUUUGAACAAUUUCCGAUGAAUACAUACACGCACUAAUUUCAUCUUAUUCUCAUUUAUAGAAAUUAGUUCAUUUUUAUGAAAACAAAAGUUAAAUGUGGUUAUAUCAAUAAGCACAGAUUCGUCAAUUGUAGAUUAUAUAGAAGAAACACUUUCUACUGUUUUGUUUUCUGACACAGAAGGGAGACUUGAAUUGAAGUCUAUGAAAGCAAAACUUGUGAUGUCAAUUUUGGAUAAUUUCGCAUUAAAUAAAAACCUGUCCGACGUUCUUUCCUUCAGUUUCUAUUAUGACAAAUUAAUGCAUAUAGAAUUAAACAGAAAGGUUAAGUGAUUUUUACUUAACUAAAAGUGAAAACCAAAAUAUUAGUUAAGUUAAUUUGGAAUGAUAAAUUGGAGAGAAAAAAAUUGCCGCGUCAUUUUGGAUUUAACAACUUAUGCAGUGAUGGAGGUGGUGAGUAAUAGUGUUCUAAAAAAACCAUAUAUCUUGACUCUCUUGCUAUUCUUCCCCGAAAUGUUAAAUCAGUAAUUUUUCAGAUCAGCUAACUUUGAUAGUUUUACUGUACUGCCAAUUAGAAUAAUCUAAGCUACUCGCUCUUUUUAUCUUUAUUCAAAACUGGUUUGGCUGUCCCAAUAUUCAAUUAUAAUAAAAUUCCCCGUAUGUUGCAGCAUUUCCAUUUUUCUUUUUGCUCAAUAUAAAUCUCCCUAACAAUCGAUUUAUAUUGCAGUCACUUUUCAAGACAGUACCAAGUUCUUUAAAAAUAUCCAACCAAGUUUUGCGAUCAGUGAUCAUUAACUGGUUUUUUAGUAUCUUUUCCAUUCUCUCUGUCUAGAGAUAUAAAUGAAUGCCCUGGUAUCAGAAAAACUAACUCAAUAGUGGUUAAAUUAUAAAGGGUAUUUUGACACAUACCAGCAUAGUUGAGUCAUCAGUCUUACUAAAUAUGAUGAGAGAUCACUUUAUGAACGAAUUCUUCAUACCGCUGACUCAAUUUUUGCCUCAGAUGAGCUUUAAUUAUUAAUAUCAGCUCUGAGUCGCACGUAAUACUUUAGUUGUAUUGAAUAAAAUCAAAUCUCCUAUUAUUGCGAUUAUUCAGAUGUAAAUUAAACGAUAUAUAGCUAAUUUUGCUACGUUUUAACUUUGUCGGCUGUUACAAAACAAAUAAAGUGAAAAAAUAUCUAAUUAAAUUUUUCUAAAAUGUGGAUAAGACGAAUUUUGUUUUCAUAGGCCUCAAUUAUUGUUUAUCAUAUAUUGGUUCAUGAUUCUAGAUAAUGCGUUUGAAAUUAACCAUAAUUCGAAUAAUAACGGUUUUUCAAUAACAAUAAUUAAGCGGUGGCUUACUAGUUAAUUGAUGACUGUCGCCAUCUCACCUUAUAUUUACACCUACGAGAAAUUGAAAAGAUCAAAACUGCUCCCGGUUUAGAAUCAUAAUAAACACUCUAAUUUGGCGUUUUCAAGAAACAGAAUCCAUUUAAUGAUCUAUGAUUUGAAUAGUUGUUUUCAGUUCGGCUUUUCAAACUGGAUUUAUGAAUGAAAGUUCCUCUUGAUAAUAAAAACAUAUCGAAUUCCAUAGGAAAAUAUAGAUUCUCCGAGUUGGAGGCCGAUUAAGAUAAUUAAACUAAUAUAACCCCUAUAGAGCUAAUUUCUGCUUGAGUUAAAAUAACUAACCACUGGGAUAUCUGUAGAUUAUCGAGAGACUUCCUGAAAGACGACAAAACUUGUAUAGAUUGGUUCAUUACAUUGGAACCACUUCCUCGAUCGUCCCAAGUGAAAAAGAAAAAUGAAGCUACGCAUCAGUCACGGCUGGGACUAAUUCCAUUGCCACAAGAAGAAUACUUCGAAUAGUCCAGCGGAGCGGCAGUUAACAAACAACAUAGUUUGACGUUGUGAAAAUUAGUUCUUCUUAUAUACGCCCUAACAAAGAUAAGCUUCGAGAGACCACCUUGGAAUAGGACCAGACCUCAUCAGAGAUGGCCCACUGACCUACCGACUGGUAAUCCUACUGCAAAGAGAUAUAUCGAGGCACUGAAUUGCAAGUAUGAUAAGGGUAAAAUUUAGUUAGAAGACCAUAUCGUCGAGAUAGACGAGUCCAAGAGUGAUCGUAAGAAGAUUUUUUGAAAAGGUUGACUUUAAAGGAGGCUUUAAUCUAGAUAUCUGCAAACUGAUUAAGAAUCUGAACCAACCAUGAAGACUUACUCGUGGAAAGAUUACGUUGGCCUAAACUUCAAAGUCAUCCACAAGUUGAAAUCUAACUUGAGGAACCUCAAGAAGAGAUUGAACAGAGGAGUCAAGUUUGGCAAAAUAAAACAUUUCCUUUAAUCCAUAAAUCCAUUUCAAAAAAGUCUAACCGGAAGUUAUAGGUAAAACCGCAAGUACUAAUGUGUUACCUCGUUAAAUAGAUCCUAAAAUAUCGAAAAUACCAAACUAAUGUGUUUUUAUUAUGAUCCUAAGCAGAAGUAUAACCGAAAUAUCGUUUAGACAACGUAAAUAAUCUUAAUAUGAAAUUUACAAUCGUGAAUGUAUCCAUUGGAAUUGAAAAUGUAUUACAAUUAAUUAUUUUGAAAAUAAAAAGAAUUGUGAUCGCUGUGAUAUUUAAGUUAUAGUUAUUAUUAGUCAUAAUAUGAGGUAUUGGUCACAUGUAUUCGAAGGUUUGUGAUUAAUCUUAAUUAUUUUAUAUUCCCAUUGAGUGAAUAAUAAAUGUUAUACAAAUUAUAAA